AUGCAACUUGAAAGUUCUUUCUAUAUAAACACAAGAAAAAGAAAAGUAUCUGUGACAUUUGAUGAUGAGUUUGACUACCUCUAUGAAAUAAAAGAUAAUGCAGAACUUUGUCUUGAUGUUAAAAAGGUUAUGAGAGAGAACACCUUCCUGGAACUGGAUUUCGGCUUGAAGAUUUCAGCUUCCCGAGUUUUUUGGGAUAGUGGAUUUCAGCUUCCGGGUUCUUUGGGAUAUUGGGUAAAUUUCAGCUUCCCGGGUUCUUUGGGAUAUUGGAUUUUGGCUUUUCAGGUUCUUUUGGAUAUUGGAUUUCAGCUUCCUGAGUUCUUUGGAAUAUUGAAAAAAAAAAUUGAACAGAUUGAAUGGAUUAAAUGGAUAUCCGUUGAACUAUCCAGUCAAUCUGGUCAAACCGGUGAUACAAGAAUUGAACAGAUAUUCAUUGAUCCAUUUGGUUAA